UACUAUAACCAGCUGCUGGAGACUGAGCUGUCAGUCAAUAAUUGACGUAUUCGUAUUUUGUUCCGCGGCUUGGAUGAAGUGCUGUAUUUGGUACUCCUUAGAAGUGGAACAUUUCUUUUGUUGUUGUUUUUAUUUAUAUAGAAAUGGAGUACGGCAAUACGAGAGAUAGCUGCUCGAUGUAGCUUUCAUGGAUGGAGAAAGACACAAAUCCGUGUUCUGCUCUGCAAAAUACCAGCGGUGUCUUUGGAUAUGAGAUGAUGAAGGGAGACUGAAACAAAAGAAUGCAUUUCAGAAAUCGUUUCCUGUUCUUGUUGGCUUUGGCAGCUGUUGUAGCCAUUCUGAGUCUAAGUCUGCAGUUCUUGCACUUGAUCCCUUUAAUGCCACAAAAGGAAGAUGGGAUAAGUAUUAGAAAUCACAGGAGGAUAAUGCCGGAUUUACUUACAGAACUACCUGUCCUUGACCCUAUUUAUGAAGCAUAUGCAUACUGCAAUAUUCCUAACUCAACAGAGCAUUCUGUGGAAGGUCACGCACCUCCUGAUUACAAACUCCUGUCUGUCCAAGUGAUGAUUCGUCAUGGUGACAGAUACCCACUGUAUGCUAUUCCUAAAACCAAAAGACCUGCCAUUGACUGCAUAUUGGUGCCCAAUAGGGAGCCAUCUCACCAACAGCUGGGAUCAUUUAUACAUCACAUGUCAAAAGCAGAUGGAAGCCACAUGGACAGCACUCUUAAAAGCCUUCCUCAUUACCCAAGUCAUACUGUUUGUGAGAUGGGAGAGCUUACCCAGACAGGUGUUGUACAACAUCUCCACAAUGGGCAGGUCUUACGUGAAACAUAUGUAGAUAAACAUAAACUUCUGCCUAAGGAUUGGACAACAAAACAUGUUUAUAUAGAAUCCACUGGAAAAAGUCGAACGCUGCAGAGUGGAUUGGCACUCUUGUUCACCCUUCUUCCUGAGUUUGACUUGAAGAAAAUUGCAGUCCGGCACCAGUGGAGCACUAUUUUUUGUUCCAGUAGUUGUGACUGUCCACUUAGGAACUACUAUUUGGAAGAGGAGCAACGUCGCCAAUAUAACUUGCGGAUAAAAGAUAAACGACUAGAGGAUACCUACAUUGACAUGGCUAAAAUAGUGGGCAUACCUACUAGACAGCUAAGAGCUGCUAAUCCUAUAGACUCUUUACUGUGUCAUUUUUGUCAUAACAUCAGUUUUCCUUGCACACAGAAUGGCUGCAUUAACUUUGAGCACUUUAGAGUCAUUAAGACUCACCAACUGGCAGAUGAAAGAGACAGACAAGAAAAGAAACUUUAUUAUAAGUAUUCAGUACUUGCCACUCACCCAUUCCUCAACCAGACUGUCACUCAUAUGCAGCAAAUAGCACAAGGCAAAAGUGAAGGUGUUUUUGCCCUUUAUUCUGCACAUGAUGUCACGGUAUCACCAGUACUCAAUGCGAUGGGCCUGACAGAAGCCAGAUUUCCAAGGUUUGCUGCUAGGAUUGUCUUUGAGCUGUGGCAGGGUCCAAACAGUAGCACUGAACACUUUAUUCGUAUUCUCUAUAAUGGAGAUGAUGUCACAUUUCAGACCUCAUUCUGUCAAAGCCACAACAGGUGGUCCAACCUGCCAAUGUGUCCUUUCAAGCAUUUUGUUAAUUUUGUACAGAAAGAUAUGUUUUCCAUUCUAAACAGCACUAACUAUUAUGAUGCCUGCCACAGGAGAAUUUAUUAAGGAGGAUGACAUUCCAUAUUUAGGAAAGACAAGAGUUCAAGGAUAGACAAGAAUUCAAGAACGGAAAAUAUGUUUUGAAUAGUCAUUAAAUAAGUGACUACAUUUUGUAUGUAAUAUCUGUAUUUGGAUACGUGUUUAUUUUUAAAGUAAAAAAAAAAAGGUGCUGGAAGAGAAAACUGACCCAAGCAUUAAAAGAAUAAUGAUCACUUAACUGAUCUCAACAAGACCAUUUUUAUGCAAGAGAUUCAAUAAGUAGAGCUGACCUUUAGAGAAUAGUUUAAAAUUCUUUUCUGUUUGUUAUAAUUCAUUCAUGCAUUUCUUCUCCAGUUACUGGCUUAAAGGUUCAUAGGGGAACCAGAGCCUGUCUUGGUAUUCUGUGAGCACAAGGCAGAGAAGUUAAUUCUGGACAGGAUGUCAGUGUAAUACAGGAUUCCAUUUUACACACACACACACACACACACACACACACACACACACACACACACACACACACACACACACACACACGCAGUUUGAUUGCCAGUUUGGCUGUGGUAUGACUUUAUUAUGCCUUCUGAACAAAUAUGAUACUUAGAAUGGCUGCCUCGUGAGAUUUUUUUAUUGUAUAACUGUGUGGCUUUCAUGUAGGACAUAUGUAGGGAAGGGCAGGCGACAAUGCAUUGGGAGCAUUUUGUUUUUUAUUUUCUUUCAUUAUAGCUGCAUAAUUUUACAGUUUAGUGAGAUUAAAAGAGGAAUGCAUAAUUUAAAACUUUCUGCACUCUAGUUGUUUAAUUAGAUGUCAAAGUAGUAUGGGGAGAUUCUGACUGGCUAAAGACAUCUUCAGCCAAUUGGAAUGUCCUAAGAACAUGCACAGUGUAGUAAUCCAUCUGAAGUACAUUAAGUUUUUUUUUAAACCAAGCAUACUGUAAAAAAAAAAAACUCUAACUUUAAGAAAGUCAUGCAUUGCAAAAUAAAUUAAGAAACAAAAUGUGGAACAAUGACUUUUUCGUUUCAGUCCCCCUCCCCUACAUCAGUGCUGCAAUAAAGAUUUUAGUAUUUCUUUUUUAAUGUUUUACUACUCAUGACUUGCAUUACUUAUGAGGUGCUUGCAGGUGCUAAUAACAGCCCUUUUAACAUCUCACGUACAUAAAGAAUAUAUUUGAUCAUUCUUCAGGAGUAAUAAAACCUUAACAUGUACUGCAGCAGCUUUAAUAGUGUUAUCAAAACUACUGGCUUUUGCAGUUAAAUGCAUUUUAUUGUUAUGUGCUGUACCAUUCUCCAUACCCUUUUGUUCCUGUUACAUCCUUUUUCAAAAAUUUUCUGUUAGUUAAGGCAGUACUGUUUAUUUGCGUGUUUUUCAGUAGUAGUAUAUUUGUGUCAGAAUCCUCAAAGUCCAGUUAUAUUCUUUCAUAGAUUUUGUAAUUCCCACUACUGUUUUCGCCCAGCAUAACAACUUAUCACUACUCUGUUCUGUUCCAUUGUGGAUGUAAUAGUUCGUCCAUAGUAUGACCUUAGUAUAUGUACAUUUGGUAGGUUAAAAAAAUGCAUUAUGUGUGCACAACAAAUAUUUGCAGCUGCUGAGGGCCACAAAGUAUUUGUUGUGAAAUUAAACUGUGUUUUUACAGCUGUCUUGACGAUAAAAAAGACAAAGAUAAUGGUUCAAAAGUAUGCUUUUUACAACUGUCUGAAAAAAUGAAUAAUAAAACAAAUAUUGUCAAAAUGGUUCCAGAAA